GAGGCAACCAGUAGUAAGUACGCCAUGCACACUGGGACCAACAACAUAAGCCCAGUUCUACAACGCAUGAUUUUCAUGAGCGACAAUGACGAGGCAAUGUCAUUGCUGCCUCAUGUUUCUCGAACAUGCUUUGGCGUUAAAAGCCCUUGCUUAGGAUCUUCCUGGCCAGCAUCUUCACUCGCAGUCUCGUCGAACCAGUAAUAACUUAAGGAAGCCUUCAGUCAGCGUACUUAUCUGCAAAUGCCUCUUUCUAUUCACAUCAUCCGGGUAUUUCUAUAUUGUCUCCUGUUCGUCUUCUCUGUUAUUUUGCUGGCACUUUGUGCAACAAGAUUGCAUUACACGACACACCUCGACCCCGACGACCCACUGAACUAUGGAGUAAACUUUUACGAUCCCAUCGUGGCCGAGCUCACAGCGACCACUGUCAUAACGCUAUUUUGGUCCACGUUCAUAGCACGCACCAUCUAUGGGCGAUACGAACACAGAUUCCUAAAUACCUUCAUGGAGGAGAUCAUUGGUCUCUUUAUUCUUUUCCUUCUCUGGCUCGUUGGUGCAGCUAUCGCUACCGCAAGUCGCUCUCCAGGUGUUGACCCCACCAAAUGGGGGAAACUGAUGUGGUGCCAGCACUACUGGGCAUGUCGCAUUCUUACCACACUCCUUGCAUUCGCGUGGCUUGGUUGGCUCGUCGUCUUCGCACUUCUGGUGAUUAGCUGCCUCUUUGCAUUUGCCAACAGGUCGUGGCGUGAGCCCCUGCAUGGCAGGUGGGAUCCGCGGGCCACGAGGUACCGCGACAGUCAAAUGCGUGGGGUAGGAGUUUGAAGAUGGUAAUGUGGUGGGAAAAUCAGUCACAGCGUCCUUUACACCUGCCUAGUGUAUGGUGGACUGCUUCGGGGGAAGGUCUAUGAAUAUGCCUCGCAAGUUGAGGUAUACUUUGCAGCAGCGAACCGAUAUUUAUAGUAUUGCUAACUAUCAAGUAAUAUGGGUAAAUGCCUAAUUAAUCAAAGUAGUCCUUGUAUGAUGUUGACCCAACAUGUGCAUUAUGAAAGAGUACUAGUAUUGUCAAGAUAAGCGUUUAGUAGCCGUGGAAUACCUAUCCGAGUCAUACACUCGGAUUCGGAUCUACUGAUAUACGAAAACAAGUCUCCUCCGACGCUGGUGUGAUUAAAUUACGAUGUCUCAUCGUUUUUCAUAUAGUAAAUCCUUAAUUAUGGUUCCAAAUAGCUCACGCAGCGAAGUCGAUAAUAGAAGUAGCAUCUAUCUCUUCAUCCGUUUCCCUGAUGUCUGUCAAGACCGACAGAUCAGGUAUAUCGCCACGAGCAAAGUGAAUAGAGCGUGAUACGUCGUGACCCAGCGUCCCAACCCUGGCGGCGUCGACUGCGCGGAUAUUGAGAAUAAUACGAC